GUGUAUGUGACCUCAUAGCCAACCGCCAAAACAGCACGAAUACGUCAUGACCCCAUCACGCACGAACUUUCUAAUGAGCAACAGCACAGCAAUUUAAGGGAGUAGGACUAAGCCAACAACACCUUUUUGCCUUCAAUCGAUGUAAUUGAUAACUCGCCUCUCAGAAUUACCAGUUAAGACUUUCGCGGUAUUCCACUAGAACACAAUCUCGGAGAAUAAUCUCUCAACUCAAGCAUCUCAAAUCAGCACAUCAUGACCGAGAACAGCGGAAAGCAAUCUAAAGAACAAGGAGGUAGUGGUCUCAUCGGUAGCGUCGUCAGCGGCGUCGACAGCAUCCUGACAGGUGGCGACAAAGCCAAGGGUCAAGGCGGGCUUGUCGGCGGUCUUAACAGCGCCGUCGGUAAGACAACCGAAGGUGUCGGAAAUGCCUUAAACCAGACAACUGAAGGACUCGGGAAUACCGCCGGGUCCGCGACGGAGGGCGUUGGAAAUGUCGGCAAGGGAGUUACGGGCACGCUGGACAAUACCGUUAAAGGCGUCGCCGGCUCGGGGCAGGAGCAGCGGAAGUGAGGGGUUUACCCGGUUGAACGAUCGGAUGGAAGGUGCAACACGGAGGGGGCGAUCACCGUGAUUGCCAAGUUGGGUGAAUACAGGCACGGAUAUUACUUUGGAGAGGUUUCUAUGAUGGAUUUACGAUAGUGCUAUAGUGCUGCUAUUAGGAGGUAGGUAAGUACCUAUGAAAGUCGUGGUGGAGGAAUAUGUAUCUACCUAGGUACUUACCUACCCCUACGAUUGAUUACCAAUGUUGGGGUUUAUAUGUCAUUGAAUCAUUUGCAUCUCAAUAUCAGGAUGGAUAAGGUGAACGGGACAGUGAAUAUUUACGUAGGUACACGAUCUGAC